UCUGUUGCACAUCGGUUUUUCUAGCUGUGUGGUAAGCAGUUCUGCCAAAGCCACAAAAUUCUUCAAUUAUUGUUGAAGAAUCAUUAUUAUUAUUAUUAUUACUAUUAUUAUUAUUAUUAUUAUUAUUAUUUCAUCAGUGAGGUUGGAUUCACCUGUUGAAGUACAAUUGCCGAGAAAAAUUGAAACAUUUAGAUUGGCAGUUCUGUUCACUUCAGUCACAAUAAUUCUCUCAUUUGUUCUGGUAGCAUGAUGAUUGAUAAUGACGAUUUGGGACAUAAUUGUUGGUACUCUUUUGAAGACCCUUUUCCUCCGCCAAGUUCUUCCCCAACAUACAAGUUCACAGUCAUUGCCACCGUGAACCCUUUUGGUUUUGAAGAAGGAAUGCUUUGGUUACCCUCUUAUGUUCUCGACGAGGUAUGUAUGAGUAACCGAGACCAAAAUCAAAAGGUCCUAAACCAACAAAAAUUGGUUGAUCACAAAUCAUUUGGAGAAUCACAGUCACAGUAUUCAAAAUCCACCUCAAGAUUGUCGCACCAAAGGCUGAAACUUGCAAAUUGUGGCGUUGGAAAUGGAAUGCGAGCUAUUUUUUUAGAACCAAGUCAUGGAUCGUGUGGUACCGGCGUAUUCUUACCUCAAAGAGCAGAUACAAAGUUCCAGCCAAGAAAAAAGCCAGCUUGUGCACCGGUCUUACUUCCCGCUCGAGUUGUUCAAGCUCUAAACAUUAAUGUGCAUGCAUUAGGUGUGCAGAUAUCACCCCCAAAAGCUCAAAAAUACAAACCAAGAUGCGGCGAAGUGUACAAUAAUAAUUCAACAGAAAAGAAAAAUGAUGGGAAAGAUGCAUCUAAGCAAUGUAGUUUUAUAUCUCAGAAACAAUGUUCUUCUCAAGGGAUAUUUCUCCCUAAAGAAUGGACUUACUAGCUAUCUCUUCAUUUGGAAAUAAGAGAGCAAUUAAAUUUGUGAGGGACACAAAUUAAAAGAUUAUGUAACUAAAUGUAAAUAAAUAAAACAAUCAUUUCUGAUGCAUAUAUAGUAUGCAUAGUUUUAUUCAAUUGCUGAUUUGUUGUGCCAUAAAAGAGUCUUUGAUCAUGUAAAUGAAGCAUAGACACUCCUCGGAUUAGGCAUGUCCCGGUGUCCGGACAUGCCUUGCUGUCGAACACCAAACACGACAUCGACACUGAUGAUUACAUUGAAUUAUGUCAUGUUUUCAAAUUAUUAUCGGUGUCAACGUGUCAGUGUCCGAUGUCCGUGUCUGUGCCAUGCUUCAUAUUUAUAAUAAUAGCAGUUCAACUCCCACAAAGGAGCACGAUCUAAUGAUAUGUAUAAAUAAUUUUAUGUAUGAAUUUAU